CCAGGGUGAAGAAGAGGGUUUGGGCAGGGGACGGGGGGAAGGGGGACGGGGGAAGGUGGAGGCCGGAGGAGAAGGGGAUGUGUGAUUGAUCGACUGGUGUAAGAAGGAAUCGGAGCAUUCCAAGUCUUCCUUCUGUUUGGAGGCCGAUUGAUUGCAAGGCGGAGGCGGAGGAUGAGGAGGAACAGGAUUUGAGAUACAAGAGUUCAAAGCUACGCCUUUGAUCGAUCAUCUGUUCGCCUCCUCGCCUCUUGAAGAUCCGAUCAUUGGGUUUCCGUGUGUGUUGAAGAAGAGAUGCGGAAGGGCCGAGCUCCGGCUGUGGCUGCGGCUGCCGCGGCGAUGACGGUGGAGGUUCGGUACCGCGGCGUCCGGAAGCGGCCGUGGGGGCGGUUUGCGGCCGAGAUCCGGGAUCCCUGGAAGAAAGCCCGGGUGUGGCUCGGCACCUUCGACUCCGCCGAGGACGCCGCCCGGGCCUACGACGCCGCCGCCAUCGCCUUCCGGGGGCCUAAGGCUAAGACCAACUUUCCUUGCUCCCCCUCCUCUCCUCCACCUCCCGUCCCUCCCUUCCGCUCCCCCUCCGCCGCGCGAUUCGCCUUUGGAGGGCGUCACCCGCCGCCGUCUCCCCCUCCACCGCAGCGGCCGACGUGCAGCAGCCUCAGUAGCACCGUGGAAUCCUUCAGCGGGCCCCGGAUAACCGCGGCGGCCGCGCCGACCCACGUCCGGGCGUCGCAUCGCAGGAGGCAGUCCAACCCGCCGCCCCAACGAAUCCUUGUCGGCGAGGAGGACUGCCACAGCGACUGCGGGUCCUCGUCCUCGGUCGUGGAUGACGACAACGGCGACAUCGCAUCGGCAUGCCCGCAACCGCUGCCCUUCGAUCUCAAUCUCCUCCCACCAGCCGACGAUGACUUCCACGCCGUCGCCCUCAACCUCUGAUGCCUUGCUCUCACGCGCAAAGAGUAGAGAAGACGGUCCUCAGAAAAAGUUGGUUUUUUCCUUCUCCUUACAACAAUCUCUCGAUGUGUUCUCAUAUUUACUUGCUACCUUUUGGUCGUUCCGUUCUAUAUUAUGUUGGUUGGAUUUGUGAUCUGUUAUUAAUAUGAUUUCAAGAGUUUGAGUCA